CCCUUCAAAAACAAAAACAUAUUGUUUAUUAUAUCGGUACCGAUCGCAAUUUCUUUAACGUCGGGUUGCGACAGACGCAUGACUAAUGUCCAAAAGAUGCAGCUUCCCGUCCCCAUCUUCCAACUUGACCUAGUCGGCCGGCACAGACCAAUCAUCAAGCUUCUUACUUUGCUCCAACUUUCAAAAUUUAUGGCUGAUCUCCAUUACCAAAAUCCGAAAGGCCAUUCCUUUCCCCCCAAAAAUGUCUCCUCCGCUUCCCUUCGUGUUCCUCCUUCUCCUCGUCUUCCUCCUCCGCCUCCCCUUUUCAACCUCCUUCUCCUUCAACUUUUCCACCUUUAACUCCUCCACCCCUCAGUUUAUCACAUUCCAGAACGAUUCCUUUUUCGACAAAGUCAUCAAGCUCACUAAGAACGAGGUCGGCACUUCCUUAUCCAGAAGCGUCGGCCGCGCUGUCUACCGCGAACCCCUCAAACUUUGGGAUGCCGCGUCCGGUGAUCUCGCUGACUUCACCACGCACUUCUCCUUCGCUAUCAAAGCUUUCAGCGCUACUGGCUACGGAGACGGCCUCACCUUUUUUCUCUCCCCCUACCCUUCCACCGUCCCCCCCGACUCGAUAGGCGGCAACCUCGGCCUCGUCAGUGAAAGCACGACGCCCAACGGUACAGUCAACUUCGUCGCUGUCGAGUUCGACACCUUCCCGAACCGCUGGGACCCAGUUAAGGACCACGUAGGCAUUGAUAUUAACUCCGUUGAAUCGGCGGUGACCGCCCCAUGGAACAGCAGCUUCAAGGACGGCAGUAUCGGGAACGCUUGGGUGAGCUACAACGCCUCCGAAAAGAACCUCAGCGUUUUCCUCACUUUUGAAAAAAAUCCAACCUUCUCCGGCCAGUCAACCCUCUACCACAUCAUUGACUUGAGAGAUGUCUUGCCGGAGACGGUGGCCUUCGGAUUUUCAGCCGCCACCGGGGUUAAUACGGAGACACACAACAUACUUUCAUGGGACUUCAGCUCUACUCUUAAAUUCGUUGAUAUUGAAAGAGAGAGAAAGAGCAGUGCGCGUGUUGGACUUGGAUUAUCAUUAAGCAUAGGCUUGUUCUUGAUCGCUGCAGGAUUCAUCUGGUUUCUUCUAUGGAGGAGAAGAAUAAAGCAAGAAACAAAAGAAGUGGACUUUGAUGAAGAAGAAGGUGAUAUGACCAUUGAUGAUGAGUUUGAGAAAGAAAGGGGACCAAAGAGAUUCCUCUACAGUGAGCUUGCUGCUUCGACCAAGAACUUUGAUGAGGAGAUGAAGCUUGGAGAAGGGGGAUUCGGUGGAGUGUACAAGGGAGUGCUUAAGGGAUCCAUUGGCGAGGUUGCGAUCAAAAGGGUUUCGAGGGGAUCCAAGCAGGGGAAGAAAGAGUAUAUUGCUGAAGUCAAGAUUAUAAGCCAGUUGAGGCAUAGGAACUUGGUGCAGUUGGUUGGGUGGUGCCAUGGGAGAGGAGAGCUCAUCCUUGUUUAUGAGUUCAUGCCAAAUGGAAGCCUGGAUAAUUACCUUUAUGACAUCAAUAGAUCUCUGGUUUGGCCUCUGAGGUACAAAAUCGGCCUUGGCCUAGCAAGUGCUCUGCUCUACCUCCACGAAGAAUGGGAAGAAUGCGUCGUCCACCGCGACAUCAAACCCAGCAACGUUAUGCUCGACGCCGCCUUCAACGCCAAACUCGGCGACUUUGGCCUCGCCCGACUCGUUGACCACGACCGUGGCAUGCAAACCACCGUCCUCGCCGGCACCAUGGGCUACCUCUCCCCCGAAAGCCUCACUUCCGGCCAAGCCAGCAAGGAAUCCGACGUCUACGCCUUUGGCAUGGUCCUUCUCGAACUCGCCUGCGGCCGCCGGCCUGUAGAGCCCAAAGAACGGCCCGAUCGGGUCGGGCUAGUGGCUUGGGUUUGGGAUCUUUAUGGGAGCGGGCGGAUGACGGAGGCGGCCGACGUGCGAUUGGGGGUAGAGUUUGAUGAGGAGGAGAUGGGGAGGAUGAUGGCGGUGGGGCUAUGGUGCGCGCAUCCUGACAGUGGAAUGAGGCCGACGGUGAGGCAGGCGCUGGCGGUGUUGAAGAAGGAGCUGGCGGUGCCGAAGUUGCCGGCGAGGAUGCCGGUGCCGAUGUACUGCCCGCCGCCGCCGCUGCAGAUUAUCGGCAGUUUUACUUGUACAUCGUCGUUCGCGGGGUCCGGGUUUAGUGGGUUUUCUACCACUACCGGUUCCGGCGGCGUCGGGUUAGGGGGAAGGCAGGCGGAGGAACCGCAGGCGCGAUGAUGGCGACGAUUUGUUGUAAAAUGUAAAGAAAAAAAAAAAAGAAAAAAAGAUUUUGGGUUAGGAUUCCCUGACCCGAUUUUGUUCAGGACCCGAAGAGCUCUUAAAUUUAUGUUAAAAUUAAUAUAAUUUAAAAUAUUAAUUUUAAUAUAAAUUUAAGAGCAAUUUAAUUUUUAAUAUAUUGUUAUA